UCGAAAUCAACAUUAGGGUUUUAGUUUGCAGGAUUAUAAAUUCAUCCGACUCUUUCCAUUGUAACACAGAUUCAUUAGCCUAAUUCUUGCCGAGAGAGAGAGAGAGGAAGAUGGGGCACUCUAACAUCUGGAAUUCUCACCCAAAAACCUAUGGCCCUGGAUCCCGCACAUGCCCUAGAGAUGCUUUUAGCUUGCAAGUUACAACCUGGCAAUAUGCCUCUUUAAAUGUACACUUCAUUGGAGAAAAAAAUAUCCCCCUAAACUCAACUCAACUUAUUUUAUAUCCCAGAGCUGACUAUCUCUGGUGGUUUCUACUACUGAUUUUGUUGAGUGAGCCUUUGGAAGUGAAUGUAGUCCUUUUUUUUGAGGGAGAGACCCCGUGUUUCGGGAACCCUCAUGGAAUUAUUAGGAAGUAUGGUUUGAUGUGCUGCAGGCAAUGCUUCCGCAGCAAUGCUAAGGAAAUUGGCUUUAUUAAGUAUCGCUAG